CAUCUUGCGGGAGACCGGUCGGGCUGUGGCGCGGCUGCCUAGGAGUCAGAAUGGCAUACCCAGGCUAUCCCCCCACAGGCUACCCACCUUUCCCUGGAUAUCCUCCUGCAGGUCAGGGGUCAUCAUUUCCCCCUCCGGGUCAAUAUCCUUACCCUACUGGGUCUCCUCCAGUGGGAGGAGGUGCCUAUCCACCAGCACCAAGUGUUGGCUACCCUGGAGCUGGUGGCUACCCUGGAGCUGGGGGCUACCCUGGAGCUGGGGGCUACCCUGCUUCUGGGGGUUACCCUCCUCCCGGAGGUUAUCCUGGUGCUCCACAGCCAGGGGGAGCCCCAUCCUAUCCUGGAGGCCAAGGAUUUGGAGUCCCACCUGGUGGAGCAGGCUUUUCUGGCUAUCCACAGCCACCAGCACAGACCUACGGUGGCAGCCCAGCACAGAUUCCCAUGCCAGGUGGCUUUCCUGGAGGACAGAUGCCUUCUCAGUAUCCUGGAGGACAAAUUCCUUUUCCUAAUCAGAUUGAUACAGAAUCCUUUCCUUCCUAUCCUGUUUUCUCUCCUGUUUCUUUGGAGUAUAGCAGUGAACCAGCUGCAAUGACUCAGGGCACUCAAGGAACAAUCCGACCUGCUCCCAACUUUGAUGCCAUGAAGGAUGCAGAAAUUCUCCGGAAAGCAAUGAAGGGUUUUGGUACAGAUGAGCAGGCAAUCGUGGAUGUUGUGGCCAACCGUUCCAACGAUCAAAGGCAAAAAAUCAAAGCUGCUUUUAAGACCAUGUAUGGCAAGGAUUUAAUCAAAGAUCUCAAAUCAGAGUUAAGUGGAAAUAUGGAAGAACUGAUCCUUGCUCUGUUCAUGCCGGCCACGUAUUAUGAUGCCUGGAGUUUGCGGAAUGCCAUGCAGGGAGCAGGAACUCAGGAACGGGUAUUGAUUGAGAUUUUGUGCACAAGAACAAAUCAGGAAAUCCGAGAAAUUGUCAGAUGUUACGAGUCAGAAUUUGGACGAGACCUUGAAAAGGACAUUAGGUCAGACACGUCAGGACAUUUUGAGCGUUUACUUGUAUCCAUGUGCCAGGGAAAUCGUGAUGAGAACCAGAAUGUCAACCAUCAAAUGGCUCAAGAAGAUGCUCAGCGUCUCUAUCAAGCUGGGGAGGGGAGACUAGGGACAGAUGAAUCUUGCUUCAACAUGAUUCUUGCCACGAGAAGCUUUCCUCAGCUGAAAGCUACGAUGGAGGCUUAUUCCAGGAUGGCUAAUCGAGAUUUGCUGAGCAGUGUUUGCCGUGAGUUUUCUGGAAACGUUGAAAGUGGCUUGAAGACCAUAUUGCAGUGUGCCCUGAACCGCCCUGCCUUCUUUGCUGAGAGGCUCUACUAUUCCAUGAAAGGUGCCGGCACAGAUGACUCCACCCUGGUCAGGAUUGUGGUCACUCGCAGUGAGAUUGACCUUGUGCAAAUAAAGCAGCUAUUCACUCAGAUGUUUCAGAAGACCUUGGGCACAAUGAUUGCAAGUGACACCAGCGGAGAUUACCGAAAGCUGCUUCUGGCCAUUGUGGGCCAGUAGGAGAAUUUUUGAUGAAUGGAUUUACUAUCCAGUGCUUAUCCUUCAAAGCAGUGACUGGCCUGCAUGCAGCUUUAUCAACUGUUACCUAACCAAAAGAGCUUUUUACUAAGGACUGUGUCAGGGUAAUGUGCUUGGUUUGCACAUGUUGUUCUUGCCUUAAUUCUGAUGUUAUUUUUUUCUCUCAAUAUACAAUCAAUGUAAAGCCAUAUCACAAGGAUGUAGUAAUAAAGCAUUGUUUGUAAAGCAUAAUUUUCACUGCUUUCACCCUCAUGAUAUCAAAUUGAAUAAAAAACACAACUAAU